UGUAUGGAAGGAACCAGAGAAACACCCUGUCUCUCUCAGUGGAAAAAAAUACUAAGAGAGUUAUUGAGAGGGGGAUCGAGACAAGAGCCAAGGAGAGUGGAGCUUCCAGGUGCUUUGCCCCUAGUUAAAAGCCCAGUACGAGUGUGUAGCGAGAGUGGUCAGAGCCAAGCCAAGCACCCUUCCUCAUGCUUCCUCUCUCCUGCACUUUCCUCCCCUCGCGCUCUCUUUCCCUCCUCCUUCGCACCCGUGAGUGAAAGCGCAGUCAUUCAGAAGGUGUGUCUGAAAUCUACUUCUAGUCAACUGGGAGACAGCUUGCAAGGACAUUUUUCCUCUUCGCUUGGACUUAAAUUUUCUCCAGAGACAGAAGCGAACAAAAAGAAGUCCAUAAAGAUUUUUUUUUUCCUCCUGAUUUUUUUAUGUUAAAAAUCAAUAUCUGACUGAAUCUUGACGUUCUGAGAUAAACCACAAACAUUUUCAUUUAUUUCUUUCAUCGCAUUUGCUGCAUUUUUCAAGAUCAUGAGCAGAACAUAACAUACCUGCAGAAAGUACCUGUCUGAGAUCCUGAGAUAUCCCUGAACUUCUUCCUCAAGCAGAAGAGCAAGUUUGGAGAUUCUGAGCAAAGAAGACAGUCAACCAUGACACUGGUAUCCAUAUGUGUGCUGCUGCUGAUGUUGGGGGGUGAUGCUCUGUGUGGUGGCUAUGCCCCUAUGCCCCAGAUGAAGUACAUGCAACCUAUGAUGAAGGGUCCAGUUGGCCCCCCCUUCAGAGAGGGGAAGGGUCAGUAUCUUGAGUAUCCACCUGCAAUGGACGUGAAAGGGGAGCCUGGCCCACAAGGGAAGCCAGGACCCAGGGGACCACCCGGGCCCCCAGGAUUACCUGGGAAACCUGGAAUAGGGAAACCAGGUCUCAAUGGUCAGCCAGGACCCCAGGGCCCAUCAGGGUUGCCAGGAAUUGGAAAACCAGGACUACCUGGUCUGCCAGGAAAAGUUGGGCCCAAAGGACCACCAGGAAACGAUGGUGACAAGGGAUUUCAAGGUGAGCCUGGGGCACGUGGAUUACCAGGGCAACCAGGAUCACCUGGUCCUGCAGGUCUCUCAUUAAAUGGCAAACCUGGGCUCCCUGGAGUUCGGGGCCCACCAGGAUCUAGGGGUGAACCAGGACCAAAAGGUGGUCGUGGUUUGCCUGGUGACAAAGGAGUCAAGGGGGAAAAUGGCAAUGGCAAUCCAGGUCCACCAGGCCUCAGGGGACCUACUGGCCUUCAGGGACCUCCUGGACCUCCUGGUAAUCCAGGUGUGGGAAAGACUGGACUGAAUGGGCCACCUGGGCCUUCUGGAGCAAAAGGAGACCAGGGGCUUCCAGGGGACCAAGGUCUUCCAGGGAAACCUGGGCCUUCAGGACCACAAGGGCCACCUGGAUCAACUGGAGUGGGAAAACCUGGGUUGGAUGGUGUACCUGGUAGACCAGGUCAGAUUGGACCAAAAGGUGAACCCGGUCAAAGGGGUCCUAAUGGAUUUCCUGGGGCUCCUGGUUAUGGUAAACCUGGUCUUACAGGACAGAAAGGAGAUAGAGGCCCUUCUGGAUUACCAGGAGCUCAAGGUGAUAAAGGGGAACCUGGAACAGGAGGUCUACCAGGGGAAACAGGGCCAGCUGGGCAGCCAGGACCUUCAGGUUUACCAGGUCCAAUGGGUCUUCCAGGAAAACAUGGCUUGUCUGGCCUGAAGGGAGACAGUGGUCCCCAAGGGCCUCCUGGCUUGCCUGGACUCAGAGGUGAUCAGGGCCCCAAUGGGCAGGCAGGUAAGCCUGGCUUCCCCGGGGAUAAAGGGCUUCCUGGGCCAAGUGGAUCCAUUGGAAAACCAGGUCCUAAAGGUGAUGCUGGUCACAUUGGUUUGCCUGGUAAUCCUGGACUGAGUGGGCCUCAAGGCCCUAAAGGAGAAAAUGGCCUUCCAGGGCCUGCAGGGUCACGUGGUAUAGCUGGAAUUCCUGGGUUACCAGGGCCCACGGGCCAUAUGGGGCCACAGGGCAUUCCAGGAUUGAAAGGAGAACUAGGCCCACCGGGACCCCCAGGAAAUGGAAAGAACGGGGAUCAGGGAAUGCCAGGUCCACAGGGACCACCAGGAAAACCAGGACCUUCUGGAAUAAAUGGUCCCAGAGGUCUCCCAGGUCCACCCGGCCCACCCGGCCCACCUGGCCCUUCUAAUGGAGAUACCAAAGUAGCUGUGUCAGGGCUUGAUGUUGAUGGAGAAACAAUACCAAGUCAAAAUGGAAAACCACAAUUUAGAGUUGAGCUUUCUGCUACUGCAGCUCCUGCUUUCACUGCUAUUCUCACAACACCUUUUCCACCAUCUGGUAUGCCUAUCAAAUUUGACAGGACUCUCUACAACGGGCAGAAUGCUUAUAACCCCACCACUGGUAUCUUCACCAGCCCAAUGCCUGGAGUUUACUACUUUUCUUACCAUGUUCAUGUAAAGGGAACCAGCCUGUGGGUGGCACUAUAUAGAAACAAUGUGCCUGCCACAUACACAUAUGAUGAAUACAAGAAGGGUUAUAUGGACCAGGCAUCAGGUAGUGCAGUGCUGGAGCUAAAAGAAAAUGACCAGGUAUGGAUGCAGAUGCCAUCUGAUCAAGCAAAUGGGCUCUACUCCACUGAGUACAUACAUUCAUCCUUCUCAGGCUUCCUAUUGUGCCCUACAUAACAGGCCAUCUAAUACACCAUUUAUUAUCUAGUGGUCUGCAGUCACACAAGUAACACCUGUAACAACAAAAACAGGAAAGACUGAACAACAUAAAAACCAAGAUAAAAGUAGGACAUGGAAACUUUGCUGUAUCUGUUUUAGCGCUUUAAAAGGUCUGAUUUGAUUAUGGUUUUACUUUAAGUGUGUUUGAUAUCUUCUGCGUAUAGUAUGUUAUUAUAACUGUUGUAUUAAUGUUGUUGGGGUCAUUGUUUUAUUCAUGUACUUGAUGUUAUUGUUUAUUGGAAUCAAACAAUGUGUAAGUAAUAGUUUUACCCAUGUGACUGCACACUCAAAUGACUAAUUGAACUCCAUCUCUUUGACUCUGGGGAGUGUGUUCCCUUGACUGCAGUCACAUUUAGUUUGAACUUGUUGUUUCUCUUUUAUUCCCUUUAAAUAACAGGCUUCUAACUCAGUGCCAUAUUUCACAAAUUAUUUGUAAAAAUAAAAAAGAUUAAUAAAACAAUUAUUUCUGUGCUAGCCUGGUAAUUUUAAGUGACUAAAUUAAAAAUAUUUUGCUUAGAUUAAUCUGCCUACAGUCACAAAGGAUACAGUUCAUUGCUACUCUUUGUGAUUUGAUGGUAUGUAUGUAGAGUUUAUUGUUCGUAUCCUUGAAGUGGAAGGCUUUACUUGACAAUUCAAAAUGUUUACUUUGAAUGCAAACUGAGCUUUUGAUGUGUAACAAUACUAAUGACAUCAUAAGUAUUAUUUCUCCCUAUAAUGCUAGCAUAUAUUUUAUGAUAACGUUUCAGCAAAUAAACAAGAGUUCAUUGUUUGCUCAUUAACAUAUGUUUGCUUGUAUAACAUAUGUAAAUCUGUAUUUGCUCUAAUUUGAUAUUCUGAUAUUAAAGAGAGUCCAUGGUAAAGACAUAACAUGAUAUUGGCAAUUAUGCAACUUAUCAAUUAUGUACUUUCUAAACACUAAUCAUCUUCAAUAUUAAAUAGCUAAGUGCUCAUUAUAUCUAUAAUCUAUAGGUGAAACAUUUUCAAAUUAUUUCUAACUUCCCAAUUAUGAUAACAAUUCACACAAAACUUACUACAUUUAAGUCAGUUCAUACAUUUUGAAGACAGAUGAACAGAUUUAAUGAAUGCACUGGGUUUAUGUAUAAAAAUAUAUUAAAAUACUACGUCAUUCUUAUGUACUAGUAUACAUGGAACUAGACAUGGUGGUUUACUGAGUGUUAUUAAGUGGGUUAUCUUUUUGCAAUAGACAAAGAUGCUGUUUAGCCACCUAGCAUAUCAUUUCUAUUCUUUGGAUCAGAGUAUUACAUUUUAUUUCUAUGUCAUGCCAUGCCAUUUUUCACAUUUACCACAUUAAAAAUAAUAUGUGAAUAAACUGUUGCCAUACUAUUGCAUUGACUGGUUCAGUGUGAAUUAUGCAGACAGGAACAUUACCCAGACUACUGUGAAAAGAAAAAUGACAUUACAAUAGGCUUUACAAUAGAGUUAGGGCCAUAUCAGUCUCUAAGUUUUACAAGUGUCAGUAUGCUCGAGCCUAUAUUUGCUCUGUUCUCAUAGAAUUGGGACUAUUAUUAGAUACUAAGGUCAGCAAUAUAACAUAACAUUAAGAUAUAUAAAAUAAACAUAGAAAAAUAACAUAGAAAAAUUUUAAAUCUGAAAGUUUUAAUAAUUAGAAGAUUGUUUUAUCCAGCAAUCAGAUUGCAUGGCUUUUAAACAAAUUGUUGAUGCAGAUGAUAAAAGAAUCAGACAAUUAUUAUUAUUAUUAUUAUUAUUAUUAUUAUUAUUAUUAUUAUUAUUAUUAUUAUUAUAUACAUACAAUCCACAAAGGAUAAUGAAGUACUUAAGAUUUGCACAGUGCUUCAACUGUGGUACAAAGACAGCUAUUGAUGUAAAUCAAAAAUACAUUCAUUAUUUCAAUUAAAAUUAACUUUCAAAAUUAAAAUUAAUUUUCAGUUUUACUGUGCUGGGGUUUACAUCGACUUAUGAUGAAAGAGAAACCGCUAAAGUGGAGGACAACAACUGUGUCUCAUGGUUUUAAAAUCACAGGAACAUCCAACCAAAUAAACAAGCAACAUUUUCAGGAAGGCAGAAUUGAAACUUCACAAAUUGCCUUUGCUGGUUAAAAGCAUUACAUGUACAAAACAAGUUUAUGUAUGCGACACCUCCUGGUUUUCCACAUAAAUAGAUACAGCAGAGCUCAUGAUAAAGCAGAGCCAUACUAUAUCAAAGAAAAGCUUGUCUAUCAUACUUCAGUCCUAGGACGUCAAGAAUGAAUCAGAGCAGAGCAAUAAUAAGUACAUUUAUAUAAAAUACAUCAUAGAUAAAAAUCAAUAAAUAAAGCAAUAAAUAAAAAGAAGCAAAAAUAUUAUUCAAAUCAUCAUGAUUUCUUAGAGCUACUACAUAUUCUGCUAAAUAUACCAGUGUGGUCUAUCAGCAUUUUAUCAGAGGCUUAUGUCUGUCUUUCAGAUACUUACUCCCAUGAGUAUGAUGCUUUUCGUGUGGCAAAUGAAUAAUUACAUUUAACGUGACUUUUUUUUUUCAAGUAUUUUCAUAUAAUUUCCAUUUUUAAACAUGUAUUUAAAGUUUUGGUUUUCAAUAUUGUCAUACCUGCUUCUUAACGUCUGUUUAAAUUACAGCUUUUGCUUCAUUUCUUGAGUGACACUGAGUCCUUUUAUUGUCCUUUCAGAACUGUAUUUUUUUUUUUAAAUAAUGAAAAUCCUUGCUUUGUUUUGUAUGGGAUAUUUGUUAUUAUGGACAUGAUAAAUACAAAUAGUUGGUCCCAUUUGCACAUGAACUUAAUUAAGGUAUAUUUAAGCAUAUGUGAUAAAUCGACAAGAAUGCCUUCCGAAGCACCCACAUAAAUAAAACAUGCAAAUAAUUAUUUGCAUGUAUGUGUUUAAUUAUUAUUAUUAUUAUUAUUAUUAUUAUUAUUAUUAACCUAUUUAACAACAUUAAUUUGUUACAUUUUAGUUAGCAUAUUGUUGCUUAAGAAAUAUUUUUUAAGAAACAUUAUUUCUUUUACUUUUUUUUAAUGUACUAGGUAUCAGACUAUAGAUUUUGUGUUGUAUACAUGGCUAUUGCAUGUAUGCUGUGCAAUAGGCAUUAGCUAUUGAAUGCACUCCUUUGAUUAAAGAUUUUGUCAGUUUAUACAUCUGCAAUACUUGAUAGUAUUGAUGCAACAUCAAUAAAGAUUCUCUUGUACAAAUGUU